GCUCUUGCGCCAGGGAUAUAUAAAAGCGAGACAUGAACUUCCCAGUUGUACACACACAUAAACACACAAGUGUAUCCGGUGAUACCAUGGCGGAUGAUCCGCUGGUUGGUGCAGUAGACCAGGGGACCAGCUCCACGAGGUUUCUGGUGUUCAAUGCUAAAACUGCCGAGCUUGUCAGUCAAUAUCAGGUGGAAAUUACACAGAGUUUCCCCAAAGAAGGAUGGGUGGAAGAAGAUCCCAAGGAGAUCCUACAGUCUGUGUAUGAGUGCAUAGAGAGAACCAGUGAGAAACUCACUCAGCUCAAAACUGACAUCACGAACAUUAAAGCCAUUGGAGUGACCAAUCAGAGAGAGACAACAUUGGUGUGGGACAAAGAGACUGGAGAACCUCUUUACAAUGCCAUAGUGUGGCUGGAUUUGAGGACUCAGUCCACUGUGGAGCAUCUCAUUGAGAAAACACCUGGAAAGAACAAAAACCACUUCAAGAAUAAGACAGGUCUGCCCAUCAGUACGUACUUUAGUGCAGUGAAAUUGCGCUGGUUGAUGGACAACGUGGUGGAGGUGGACGAGGCUGUGCGCUCUCACCGCGCCAUGUUCGGAACCGUUGACUCCUGGCUUAUAUGGAGUUUAACUGGAGGAAAAAAUGGUGGAGUUCACUGCACAGAUGUCACAAACGCCAGCCGUACAAUGCUCUUCAACAUACACACCAUGGAGUGGGACCUGGAUCUAUGCAGGUACUUUGGGGUUCCUGUUGCAAUCCUCCCGAAGGUUAGAAGCUCUUCAGAAAUAUAUGGUUAUGUGAGCUCAGGGUCACUGGUUGGCGUGCCCAUCUCUGGAUGUCUGGGAGAUCAGUCAGCUGCUCUUGUGGGACAGAUGUGCUUUAAAGACGGUCAGGCCAAAAACACAUAUGGAACCGGUUGCUUUAUGUUAAAAAACACUGGAGUCAAGCCUGUGAUGUCAGAACACGGCCUCCUCACUACAGUCGCCUACAAACUGGGAAAGGACAAACCUGCUCACUAUGCACUCGAGGGAUCUGUUGCGAUUGCUGGAGCAGUUGUGAGGUGGCUGAAGGACAAUCUGGGAAUCCUCAAAUCCUCUUCAGAAAUUGAAAAUUUGGCUGCUUCAGCUGGAACAUCUUAUGGCUGUUAUUUUGUUCCAGCAUUUUCUGGUCUUUAUGCUCCUUACUGGGAACCCAGUGCUCGAGGGAUUAUCUGUGGCCUGACACAGUUUACAAACAGGAGCCACUUGGCUUUUGCAGCACUGGAAGCAGUGUGCUUUCAAACACGCGAGGUCUUGGAUGCGAUGAAUCAAGACAGUGGUGCAUCACUUACUCAGUUACAAGUGGAUGGAGGAAUGACGGCUAACAAAUUACUAAUGCAGCUACAGGCCGAUAUUCUCUGUAUCCCUGUUGUGAAACCCCAUAUGUCUGAAACCACUGCACUGGGGGCAGCAAUGGCUGCUGGAGCAGCUGAAGGGGUCAAUGUGUGGAACAUAAUUCCUGAAGAAAUGACCUGUGUGACCUCUGAGAAAUACCAACCUCAAAUCAAACCAGAAGAGAGUGAAUUCCGAUAUGCAAGAUGGAAGAAAGCCGUCCAAAAAGCCAUGAACUGGGAGACUGUGGAUCCUCUUUCCAUUGAGAAUGGUACUUGAUUAAAGAAGUGUGUAGCUUUGAGCGAGCCUGAGCCUGAGACUGAGCCUGAGCCUGAGACUGAGCCUGAGACUGAGCCUGAGACUGAGCCUGAGACUGAGCCUGAGACUGAGCCUGAGACUGAGCCCGAUUGCACUUUGUCUUGUGAUUUGUUUUCUGAUCCAAGCAGCUCCAUUAACAUCUCCUAGUUAUGAAUUUACAAUCACAUAAAAAAUGUGUUUCAUUCCAAGUUGACUUUCUGUGGUCAGGCUGCUAAACUGCCCUGAGCGCUGCUUGAAGCUCACUCAACACUUUCGCUUCACUUAUCAAUUACAUUUAAGUUAUUAACAAGACCACAAAAUUCAAAUGAGAACAAUUUUCUUAAAUCAGUGAUUUGGUCAUUCCAUGUUCUGAUUGUUUUGUAUUUCCCACGUGCUCUUUGACAACAUGGUUUGAAACUCAUAGUACAAUAAUGACACAAGAAGUGAAUAUUAUAAUCAAUUAGCACUUUCAGUUCUAAAUAUCAAAAUAUAGUUAAGAUUAAACUUGUACAGUUUCUGGAUGUGAUGUGUGAGAUGAUGUUGGAAUGAAUGAAAUGAAUGAGUGAUCGUUCAAUGCACAAUUUAAUACUACUGUUAAUGUUAUUCAUGUGCUUAUACUGAGGCAAUAGUAAAUAAUGAUUGAUUUCAGUUUGAUUUAUUUGUUAACUUUAUUUAGGGAAAGGAUGUAAAAAAAAAUGCAGGACAAAAAUCAGUGACUUAAUGAAUGAAUAUAAAUAUUAUAUGUAUUUUAUUGUUGCAUUUAACGUUGAUCAUUUUAAUUACAUGAUGAAAUUAAAUCAGUAGCAGCAUUAAACUCCAAA